ACAUUCUCUUGGUUACACCACAGAUAGGAGGCGCUAAUGCACUUCUUCCUUUGCGCAGCGCCGUAAAACAGGAAAAAGAAAGGAAGCUGGUGUUUUUCUAACACGUGAAAGAAAAUGGCAUCGAACAGUCAUGUAAAGAUAGGAAUAAUUGGUGGAUCUGGUCUUGAUGAUCCAGAUAUCCUGGAGGGAAGGACAGAGCGGUAUGUUGUCACACCAUUUGGAAAGCCAUCUGAUGCUCUAAUUUUGGGCAAAAUAAAGAAUGUCGAUUGUGUACUUCUUGCAAGGCAUGGGAGACAACACACCAUAAUGCCCACCAAUGUCAAUUACCAGGCCAAUAUUUGGGCCUUGAAGGAAGAGGGCUGCACUCAUCUGUUAGUCACCACAGCAUGUGGCUCCCUCAGAGAUGACAUCCAGCCUGGCGACAUUGUUUUGAUUGACCAGUUUAUUGAUAGGACCACAAAACGUGUCCAGACAUUCCAUGAUGGGCAGUCCUCCAGCCCCCCAGGUGUGUGCCACAUCCCUAUGGCUGAACCUUUCUGCAGCAAGACUAGAGAGGUGCUCAUGGAGGUUGCCCAAGGACUCGGUGUAAAGUGUCACACCAGAGGGACAAUGGUGACCAUAGAGGGACCUCGUUUCUCCUCUCGGGCAGAGAGCCUCAUGUUCAGACAGUGGGGGGCUGAUGUCAUCAACAUGACCACAGUACCGGAGGUGGUUCUUGCCAAGGAGGCUGGGCUGUGUUAUGCUAGUAUUGCAAUGGCAACUGAUUAUGACUGCUGGAAAGAGCACGAAGAGGCGGUGUGUGUGGACAAUGUUCUGAAAACCAUGAAAGAGAAUGCAAAUAAAGCUAGCAGCAUCCUGCUCACUGCAAUCCCACAGAUCUGUCAGAUGGACUGGGAGAGCACAAUAAUUGCACAAAAAAUGAUGUCACAGUCGUCAGUAAUGUUGCCCAAACAUUAAAGUAUCCGGCCAUCAAGAUGUGGUGUCCACAACUGCAAACAUGUAUCUGUAAACAAGUGUGAUGUUCCUACCACUGUUAACCUAAAUAAAAAAGGGGGGUUGUUUGUCAUCCACUCUGACACGGCUGAUAUUUUUCUCUUCAAAAUAGUGUUUGUUUAAAAGUGUUAUUAGAAAUAUGCAUGGAUGCAUUGCCAGAGGACAGGAUCUAUUGAUUAUCACACUGUUUUUCAGUGCCUUUUAAUAGUAGCAGUAGUGUUGUUACACCAUGAUGUACCUUGGAUAUAAAUGAAAAUACAAGUAUAUAAGUAUUUUGGUUGGAUAUAUAAAACUAAAUACAUGUCUCUCAUAACCACAAAUAAAUAUAUACCGUUUUUCCCUAUGAAA